ACCGCCAGGGGAUGGGUUGGGGGGGCGACUUCCUGGGGCCGCCCGUGAGGAUGUCGCGACCGCCCCCCUGUGCCCCUCAGCCCCGGAGACGCCGCCGCGGCGAAGCCCGCACCCCCCCGUCUGAGGUGUCUGGGCCCGGAUCCGGCCUCUCCCCUCCCCUCCUUAACCCAGGUGCGGGCCGGGCAGGCGGCCGCGGCAGAUUUUAUCAUGUGGGCAACCUGUUGCAACUGGUUCUGCCUGGAUGGACAGCCUGAGGAGGUCCCACCAGCUCCCGGAGCCAGGACACAAGCCUAUUCCAACCCUGGGUACAGCUCCUUCCCAUCCCCAACAGGCUUGGAACCAAGCUGCAAGGCCUGUGGGGCUCACUUUGCAAACACAGCCAGGAAGCAGACCUGUUUGGACUGUAAGAAAAAUUUCUGCAUGACCUGUUCAAGCCAAGAGGGGAAUGGGCCCCGCCUCUGCCUUCUCUGCCAACGGUUCCGAGCCACAGCCUUUCAGCGGGAAGAGCUCAUGAAGAUGAAGGUGAAGGACCUGAGGGACUACCUCAGCCUCCAUGACAUCUCUACUGAAAUGUGCCGGGAGAAAGAAGAGCUGGUAUUCUUGGUGCUUGGCCAGCAGCCUGUAAUCUCCGAGGAGGACAGGACUCAUGUCCCAACCUUGUCCCCGGACUUUCCUGAGCAGCAGGCCUUCCUGACCCAGCCUCAUGCCAGCACAGUACCUCCUACCUCACCCAGCCUCCCUUCUUCACCUGCACAAGCCACCUCUGUUCCUCCUCAGGAAAGUCAGCAGGCCAAUGGCCAUGUGUCUCAGGACCAAGAGGAGCCUGUCUACCUGGAGAGCACAGCCAGAGCACCUACCGAGGAUGAGACCCAGUCCAUUGACUCUGAAGACAGCUUUGUCCCAGGCCGGCGGGCCUCUCUGUCUGACCUGACCCACCUGGAAGACAUUGAAGGCCUGACGGUGCGGCAGCUGAAAGAGAUCCUGGCUCGAAACUUCGUCAACUACAAGGGCUGCUGUGAGAAGUGGGAGCUGAUGGAGAGAGUGACACGGCUGUACAAGGAUCAGAAAGGACUCCAGCACUUGGUGUGUGGUGCUGAGGACCAAAACGGGGGAGCAAUGCCGUCUGGACUGGAGGAGAACCUGUGUAAGAUCUGCAUGGACUCACCCAUUGACUGUGUUCUGCUGGAGUGUGGCCACAUGGUAACCUGUACUAAAUGUGGCAAGCGCAUGAAUGAAUGUCCCAUCUGCCGGCAGUAUGUGAUCCGAGCUGUUCACGUCUUCCGGUCCUAAGGGCUGGCACCGGCUUCUUCAGUGCCUUACAGGGAUAUAGCCCAGGGUAUCUGGGCUCAGGGUUGGUCAGCUUGCAGAGGGGCAGGCUAACAGGAAAUUUUGUAGUGUUCCCAAGACCAGGGCAAGCAAAGAUGCCACGUCAUACCUCGGCAUGUCUGUCUUGCCAUAGGGGUGUACCUCUUGGCUGGCAGAGCCCCCGAGGCCAGUGGGAACUGGUACAAAUCACAUGGGUGAGUGCCUGCAUUAGUGAUCUUGGGUGAUGGUAGUAACUGAUGAACAGAGGACUUUCCAGAACUUGGACCAUGUCUUCCUUCCUCUGAGAACCUAGACACAUUUUCACCCUUCCUCCUGUAUCCCACCAGUCAGAAGUCCUCCUAGACCCAGCACAUUUGGAUUUAAACUUCUGGUCUCUCUGGCUUUCUGUGCUUUAACAUACCUGUCUCUUGCUAUACUGCCUAAAAUCCGUUUGUUUCUUUGGACCAAAAAUGUGUUAGUUUAUGUGGUUAAGACCAACAGUGGUACUUAGGACAGAAUUUGGAUCAGUAAACUUACCUCUGGUGAUAAAAUUCUAUAGGAAAAUGUUAUAGAAAAUUUUCAAUUUGUGCAGUCACUUCCUUAAGGGUUGGGAUUGGGAGCUAUCAAUCUCCUAACCUGAUCUAGGGAGCCAACAAAACAUCUGAUUCCCAAACAGCUGGGAAAUCUAGUCUAGUCUGUGUGUGCAAGGGAUGGUACAUGAAUACUCUACUGCUUCCUCUUUUGGGGCUUGACCUUGCAACAUUCUGAACUUCAGAUUAUGAGGAAGGGGACGCAUUUGGUGGAGGCAGUGGCUUUCUUCUUAACUUUGGCUUCUGAUCCUCUUCCUACAGACAGGACUGUUAACCAUUUCAAUGAAAUCUCUCCCUUUCCCACUGAGGUUUUAAACUUGGUCUCACCCAAGGCAUAGACAGAUUCAGGCAAAGAACGUUGUUCUCCUCUAGCCAGACUUCUCAUGAAGUUCCUGGAAAAAUACAUGUAAGAGCACCUAACUAAACAGCUGGAAGUCCCUGCUUUAAUUUCCUUUCUCAUUCUGUAGAUUUGGGAACAGCAUUCUCUGAACCAUUUAUGAAGGGCAAUGUAAUGAGUAGGUAAUGUUUUUGAGCCCUCCUACUGUUUUUAUACCCCUGAAUGAGCUGGAUAAGCACAAAAGAGCACAGAACACACCUGCUGUCAGAACUGUGUGCGCCCAUUACCAACAGAUAAAACACACUCGAAAUACCCAAGGGCCUUGGCAGAAUCUCCCCUCUCCCAACAUGCUGCAGCUGAGGUCCGAGACUAGAACCAAUCAAUUGUGAUUCUGGAAGGCAGAGGAAAACUUCUAAGGGGACCUAUUAUCUUAGAAAGUUUUUCUAUCAUCAACCACUAAACACCUUAAGAGGCGUAGUUGGCAAUGUUAUUCUGGGCCACUCGACUCAACCUUAUACCAAGUCAGAAUAAUCUGCGCCACAGUUGGGAUCAGAUUUUCCUGUCAAGACUCUGCCUUUCACCUUUCUGCUGAAUAGUUAGUGCUGUAGUUUAUAAUGCCUACCAGUUUAUCAAAGGGAUUGAUUCAGUUUCCUCAAUUCCACUGUGAAACAGGUCUGUGUGUAUGCAACUCAGUUAGAUCUAGCAAUAACUUCAAGGCUCUCCCUCCUUUCUCUGCUGAGGCCUCAUCUCCCCUACCUCCCAACUUUCCUCCUAGAUAGAUAGGAACUGAAAAAAAUAUACUGGUGGCUGGUUGGUGACCUCAGUAAGAAUUGGAACUGGUGCCACUCAGUUUUAAAAAUAAGAACUUGCCUUUAAAUCUCAUCUUUUGGUGAAGAUUUCCAUUGGGGAAAAAAGAUGUCAAACAACCGAUUUGUUUUUGUAUUGUCUUUAUUAUUACACCAAAUAAAAGUUGGGAAUUCUAAGAUCCCAUUCCAGUUCAUAUUUAACCCAGGUAGAAAACCUGCUUUUUUUAUCCUUGAGCCUCCCCUUUUGUCCCUCAUGGAUCCUUGGUCUUAAUUAUCACAGCAACAUCUAAUUCCUCUAGUUAGUCUGUGGAUUUUGCUGUGAUUGCUGAGAUUUCAGUUGAGACUUGUUUUAAAAGACUUGGACAGCUGACUGGUUCAUAAUACCUUGGAAUAGUUGGAUCCAAACUAAUAAGAAUAAGCUGUACAGGAAUUAGUGCUCAAUAUAUAUUGUAUAAAUUUGUUGAAAUCUCCUGGAUGUGAAUGUGUUACUUCAAGUGGCUUAUAUUAAGAUUCUCAGACUCACUUGGGUGUUAAAGCAAACCCAAAUGUGUAUUUUUUGUUACAGAGCUCUGCUUUAUAAUUUUGUAAUAAAGUUUCAACAUAGA